AGCUUUAAGCAUUUGACGAAGUAAGACCGUAAUUUUUAUUUUCCGGUAUUAAUAUUAAAGUUUAAAGUAGAUUACACAUUUUGUAAUUAACUUGCACUUAGUGAAGCAGAAUAACUUAAAAACAAUAGAAAACAUAUAAGUUAGCUUUUGAUAAGCCUGCAAAAAUUACAAAACGCAAAAAAGAAACACUCAGGAGUGACUCACACACCUUUUUUUAGACUGUAAAGAAGAAGAAAUGUGUUGAACUUAAUUCAGCAAUUUGAAGGAGAACUUAUUGUUUAAAAGACAGAAAACCACAAGGAAAAGAAAGUUAUCAGUGCCAAAAACAGUCAAGCAUUUAAAUUAAUCAUGUUGGAUAAACGAAAAUCAUCACUUCUCGCAAUAGUAGCUUUCUUAGGAUUUUUAUCAACUGUUGACGGUCAAGGAAAUCGACGAAUAGCCGAUGCCGAGCCUAAAUAUGUCGCAACACAAGAAGGCCAAACACUCAAUCUUAUGUGUCGUAUCGCUCUUCCAAUCACUUCAUGUCGAUUUAUCAUCCCAGGCGUGCCAGAAGAAAUCAAAUUAAAUCCAACAUGGAAAAGAAACGAUAAUUUCCGUUACCACGGUAGUGGCCUUGAGAAUGGAAAUUGUGGCUUGACAAUUUUAAGUAUUAGAAAAGAAUAUCAUGGAAAUGCAACAUGCAUUUUGGAUCCUAAUGAUGGUGGCCUCGAUGCUAUUGGAAAUAUCGAAAUUGUUAUUGCCAAAGCACCGCAACUUCCCGUAAUUGAAAGUAGCAACAUUAAAGAUCUUGAAGCAGAUAAAGAGAUUGAAGUGGAAUGUUCGUCAGUUGAUGGAAGACCAGCAGCUAACAUCACGUGGUAUUUGGAUGAUCAAUUGCUUGGACCAGGAGAAGAAGAAAUUGUCGAUAGUCCCAAUGAAGGAACAAUUUAUUACACGGUUUAUUCAAAACUUCGUUAUCGAGUGAGGCCUGACGAUAACACACGUUUCCUUAUUUGCCGUGCUUACCAUCCUGGAUAUCCAGAAGGCUUUGCUGACGCUCGCAUGCAAUUGAAUGUGAACUAUCGACCUCUUGCGAAACCAGAAACAAUCAUUUCCGGUCUUGAAAUUGGUUCAACGGCUACCAUUGGUCCAAUAUCCAUUCAAGCGAAUCCAAGACCUACAUUGAGAUGGACUGUCGAUGGAGUUGUCAUCGAUGAAGGUCAACAAACUCAAAGAUAUGUUGCGAAUGAGCCAAUUCAAGUUGGCGUUUCAAUAUGGAAUGCAUCAUUGACAAUUAUUGAAUUGACUCUUCAAGAUACGACAAGAACUUAUCAACUUCGAGCUAGUAACGCAUUUGGCGCGACUGAUUACCGAAUUCGCAUUGGUGGGUCACAAGACGCACCAGACUCGGGACUUGGCAUUGUUUCAAUCGUCGCCAUUACAAUAAUUUCACUUCUUGUCCUCGUAAUUGUUGUGCUGGUUGUGGUUGCAAAAAUUACAAAACGUUGGUGUUUUGCAGGCGACUCGAUGCAUCCUAAUGGCCCCGAUUCUGAAGCACAAAUUGCUCCUGAAGAUGAUAAAACUCACGAACAUUACGAGCAGCAUGAAAAGUCAGCUGAUGAUGAACCAGAAACGGGAGCCGAUGACGUCGUCAUUAAAGCCACAAAUGGCAAGGCAAAGGGCAACACAUCCGUUUAAUGAGAGAAUAAAAGAAUAAUCCUCGUGGGUGAUAUAAAUAUGAAAGAAAAAAAAUCUGAUAGAGAUAAACAAGCUAAAUACUUAAUUUAAUUUAUCUUAAAAAAAUGCUAAAUCAGGAAAAUUUUUGAAGAAAUAAUUUCAAAAGAUAUUUGGCCUUUCAUUAGAAUCGAAUAAUUUUUAAAGAAACAUUUGACUUUGUUUAAAAUUUUCUUUUUGGUAGUCUCAAAAAUAAUUUAGAAAAAGAAAGAUGUGAAGAAAAUAUUUUGUUAGUUUAACAGUUAAAGACGCGGUGCAGUUUGUACAUAAGCAAGAUGGAAUGAUUACCAUAAAAAGCUUAUCAUAGUCUGAUGGUGGAUUGGAUUGAGGAAUUGUUACAAAAAAAUUUAAAUUUUUGUUUUUUUUCUAAGACUAUUUAAUCUUUAAAUAUAUUUUUUGUAAUGAAAAGAAAUCUCAUGCAAACCACCAUCUUUAGUCUAUUCAAUUCUUUUCAUUUAGACUAUUUUUUCCCAAUACUUUUAACACUGUCCGCGUCUUGAUCAUAAUUUUUAAUUAUAGGACAAGAAAUAUCAAAUAAUUUUUUCGUUGAAAGAGAAGAAAGAAAGAAAAACGAUUGUUAGAAUGUCAGUUGAUUUAAAACUGCUUUUAAAAGAAAUUUCUAUCGUUUUGUAUUAUACACACAUCGACACAAACAUAUUCACACUUACACAUAUAAACACUGAAAGCCAUAGAGUAAUUAUAGAAGAGUUAAAGAAAUCACUCGGCGAUGAAGGCAACUUUGAAAACCUUCUCGCUGAUCGUUAAUUGUGUUGACGCAUAAUAAACGGGAGAAUUAAGAGAAAAAAUGUUUUAUUUCUUACACCUUUUUUCAAUGUCUAAGAUAUCUGCCUAAAUGUUUAAGAAAAAAAUGUUCAUUCCGGAGUCUUUUGUCUUCUUUAUAAUAUUUAAUCAAUAAAUAGAUAUGUUUUAUGAACACGCAGCUUAUCACAUUUUCUGAUCAAUUCCAAUGAAAGCCUUCCUUUUAAAAAUGUGGAAAAUGUUUAGUAUCUAAUCUGUAAAACUAUAUUUUUUAAUUAAAAAGUGAAAAAUAAGAAAAUAAAAGAAAAAUAAAAAUUCAA